AUGGUAAACGUCGGCAAAAAACUCUACAAUCUUUUUGCGCCCAGUGCCGACAAAGGCGAAGACGGCCGUGAUGUCUGGGGCUCUCGCAUAUCCUUCAUCUUCGCCGCGAUGGGCGGUGCCGUCGGUCUCGGUAACCUCCUGAGGUUCCCCUCAAUUGUAUACAACAAUCACGGCCUUCAAUUCUUCAUUCCAUAUCUGAUUUCACUCUGCUGUCUGGCCAUACCCACGUUACUUCUCGAAAUCAGCAUUGGUCAAGCUUACAGGGGAGGUUGCGUCCUUGCGUGGCAUCAUGCCAACAAGCGUGCCAAGGGCGUUGGAUUCGGUGUCGUUUACAUCGGCUACGCCAUUGUGAUCUACUACGUUCCGAUCAUCGCCUGGAUUAUGACUUAUUUCCGGUCCUCAUUUCAUAACCCGCUUCCAUGGACAGGACGGAAUACCGAAUUCUUCGAGGGAACAGUUCUCCAGAAUGUAGACCCUAUCGCUGGAAACUUGACGGCAGAUGGUAGUGCUGUCCAAGACUAUACGGCUUACCCCGGUAUGGGGAUGGUCACCGAGAUUACUUUGUGGAAUCUGUUCACGUGGUUUGUCGUAUGGCUGUGCAUGUUCAAGGGGAUCGGACUCACUGGCCGAGUAGUGUACUUCACAAUGGCAAUGCCGAUAAUCCUCAUGAUCGUUUUGAUCGGGCGUGGAUGCUCUUUACCAAACGCCAUUGAUGGCAUAAGAAUCUACUGGACUGAGUGGCACGGUGAGAAGCUUGCGUCGGGCACCAUCUGGCAAGAGGCUUGUGGUCAAGUCUUUUUCAGCACUGGAAUCGGCAUGGGAUACUACACGAGUUACGCUUCCUACAACUCCAAGUACUCCAAUGCCGUCCAAGACGCUCUGAUAAUUUGCAUCUCCAACUCUCUUAUCGAGAUCAUCGGCUCAAUGUCUGUCUUCGGGAUCGUUGGAUACCUCGGUAUGCACCCCGACACCAGCGAAAGACUCAACACAUUUGUCGUCGGAUUCCUCACAUACCCGGAAGCCAUCGCCGAGAUGCCCGCCGCAAACUUUUGGGGCGUUCUCUUCUUUGCGACGCUCUUCAUUCUGGGUCUUGGAUCAGCGUUUGCACUUUUGGAGACUUUGGUGACCAUGGUCUGCGAUACAGACUGGGGCAAGAAGUUCUCCCGCCCUUACGUAUCGUCUGUCAUUGUCGUUGCCUCGUUCCUCAUCUCUCUACCAUUCUGUACCGAGUUUGGAUACGUUCUUGUUGACGCGGCGGAUACUUGGAUCAACUAUCUAGCUCUAUUCUGGAUUGUGUGGUGCGAAGCUGUGUGCGCUACCACACUCUACCGCUUCCGCGAUGUUGUUGAUCAGUGUGGCCUCCUAUCAUGGUCCUUGUACAACAUUCUUGGCUACAUCGGAGGCACCAUCAUCGGCCUCGUUGUCGCUCAUUCAGUAUCUCCGGAAACCGGUGCUGGUGUUGGUUUUGGGAUGUUCAUCGUCGGCAUGAUCUCUUCGGUGCUAGUCUCGUCGGACCCUACAGCUUACACGCCUAGACUCUUUUCAAAGAACACAUAUCUGAGACGAUUUUGGUAUCUUACAUCCUACUCUGGUAAUCAACUACGCCGAGACCUAAAUGCCACGAUCUCCGUCAGCGGACAGUGGAAGAUCCCGGCCAUUUGGGGAUUCAUCCUCAAGUACAAUACGGCGCCGAUUGUGGCGAUCGUAUUCUCCUUUUCCUACCCCAACUUCUAUGCCAAGAAUCGGAUGGACCCGCUACACAUUGCUGGGUUUGCCUUUAUGCACAUAGUUCUUGUCAGUUCCCUCGUUGGGCUGAUCAUGCCCCGCUGGUUCAAUAUCCUCGUUCCUGAAAACAAGAAACUCGAGGGCGACUAUCCUGUCAUGCCUGGCAUCAUCUUUUCGAGAGCCAACGCGGAGGGAACGCUCGAUAUUGAUGGGGUGGCACAAAAUGCCCAUGAUUCUACCAUCGAUGCUCAAGAAAUUUGCGAUGAGGGACACCCGACCCGAGAAACAAGGUCGUCGGAGGAAAAGAUCGCUGACAAGCAACAGUAA